UCUGCAGCAUCUAGUAAUUCAAUUCAAUGCUUAUAUAUUGCAAUAUGUUCGAACCCCAGUGUAUGGUUUUGAGAUUCAUCACAUUUUGUAAAGUUUAUACUUUUUAAUGGUCUACAGUUGCCCUUCAAGAAAAAGUGAAUGAAACACAUUAACUUUUGUGUUUGGGGGAGUUUUAGAUCGUUCAAAACCUGACUUGAUUUUUCAUGUCUAGCAUAAUCGCCUUGUAGACACCCCAUUUUUAAAAACGGUAAAUUCCAUGAUUUUUCUAAUUUUAGACAACCCUUAGGACCAUACUAUUCCAUAAGAUCCUUGAAUUAUAGAACACCGUAGUCCAUGGUCCCUAUCUUGUGAUCCAAUAUCCUGGCAUAUCUUUUAGCUAUUAAAGUAUAUCCAUUCCAACCAAUUUUGGGCUUUUAAAAUGGGUUUUGGUCAACCAUUCUAGGGAGGUCAUUAGAAGACGGUGUGCUCAGGAAUCCAGAGAGAAACUCUGAAAGCAGAAAGCAAACCUUAGAUCUAGACAAGCAACCUUGAAGCCCUAGCCCCCUGAAACCAACUUAGAUCAGCAAAACUCUAGUUCACCAAGCCAAUGCUUGGUAAAGUUUGAAGAGAGAACAACAAAGGAUACACAGUGUAAACACAGCCGUGGUUCGGAUAUGGGCGAGGUCUCGAAGCCUAGGUGCCCGGGCCAACUGGCUCGAGCAGGGGGUCUUGUGCAUUAGCAACAUGAUACCGAGGAACAUGCAAGAUCCUCUUGCUUCUCAUGUGAAUGAUCUGGAGGACGUUCCAAGUUUUGCCUCAAGGCUUUUAAGACCUUCCUCAUUUGUUUAUAGUUCCCCCAUCAACUUGCACGACGCUGAAUCAGUUCUAGGUGGUAGGAGCUCAGUUCCUGGAAAGUUUGACCAUGGGGUGCUUGCACCAUGCUUUGAUUAUUCAAACAGGUUUUCCAAUGGGCUACCAAAUGGAGACUCUGAUCCUAAGACCUCAAAAGUGAACGUGGCUGAUACAUAUUCAGAGAACACGCCAGGAACUCAAGAACUUUUACUCAGGGCAAGGAAAGAGGAGCUUUUGUCACUCCGUAAACAUCUCGCAGAUGCUGCUAUUAAGGAGACACAGUUGCUCAUUGAGAAACAUAAUUUGGAGAAGAAGUUUGCUAGUUUUCGCAUGGAGUUUGAUCAGCAGCAAAGUGAUGUCAUAACUCUUGCGUCAAAGGCAUUGUCUCAUAGAAAAGAUGAUAUUGAAGAAAAUAUACGGCUAACACAUGCUUUGCAGGCUGCUGAGCAAGAUAGGUAUACUUUUCUUUCAUCACUUCCUGGUUUGCUAGCUGAGUACGGCUUACAACCUCCGGUGAUGAAUGCUUCCUCAAUCGUUAGCAAUACGAAGGAUUUAUUGCAGCAUUUACGCCAGAAACUUAACAUCUCUGAGGCUUCUUUGAGAGAAAUGCAAAGUCAACUGGCAAAUCGACGGGGUGAACAUGAUCAUACUGCUCAACAAUCCGUGACCUUGAAUAUUCACAAUCCACAUGUUUCAAGUGCAUCUGUUUCAAGCCUUCAACAAGUAUAUGAUCAUGAGCAUUUACUAGCACCGGCUUUCCCUGCUAUUCCUAGCCUGGUGACCCGUAAGAAUGAACAGGUCAUGGUACCAAGCUUUGGAGUGCCGCAUUUGAUGAUCAAUGACAAUAUUGUGGAGCAUCCCUUUCCUAAUUUUAAUGGUGGAAAAGAGCCUAUGAAUAGUGGAUACGAUGUCCCGGCACCUUCUCGGACACGCAUGCGAUUUUCCACUGGUUAUGAAGGGCAUGGUAACUCACAAUCGGAUGAUGAGGAUCCGUUGCCAUCAAUAUCUGGACUCCAAAUUGUUGGUGAUCCUGUACCAGGAUGUGAACUGCUGGCAUGUGGCUAUCCAAUCAAUGGGACUUCUGCUUGUAUGUUUGAGUGGGUUCGUCAUCUUCCAGAUGGAACAAUGCAGUAUGUUGAGGGAGCAAAUCAACCCUAUUAUGUUGUUACGGCUGAUGAUGUCGAUAAACUUCUUGCGGUUGUUUGCACGCCCAUGGAUGAUCAAGACCGUCAGGGGGAGUUGCAGAAGAUUUUUGCCAACAAUCAAAGGAAAAUAGCAUGUGAUCCCGAAAUGCAGCAGGAAAUUAACAGCUAUAUCUCUUCAGGUCAUACUGUAUUUGAUGUCCUACUGUUGAUGGAUUCUUCUGAGGAUUGGGAGCCAGCAACCUUGCAUUUGAAAAAAUCCAGCUAUGAAAUUAGGCGCACUACUCAGGACGAAACAGUUCGAGAGAAAUAUUCCCGAGACAUUUCGAUGAGAAUUCCUUCUGGCCUCUCAGUGCAAUGUGUUCUAACAAGUUCUGAUGGGACGUCAUACCCAUUAAGCACGAAUGAAGUCCGGUUACGCGACACACUUGUUUUGACUAUGAGAAUCUUCCAAAGACAGGCUUUAGACAGGAAAAAGGGGAAGGCCUAGGCUGCAUUCUUGACUAUUGUGGAAGAAUUUACACACAAAUCCUUGCCAUCUGGUUGGAUCGACAGAACAUACAUAAUGCAAGUCAUUUGUGUUAUAUGAAAUAAAAAAGCAAAGCUAUAUUGUAGAUCUCAAAUCUCCAUUAGAAUGAUCUGCAGAGCCAAGUUCAGUCCAUCCAUCCAUAUCCAUAAUAAAAGGGAAAUGUUAGCUUGCUGGUGUUUAUAAAGGCGAAGGUCAUGACCAUAUAUCAAUCCAUGCGUGAAUUUGGGAAGAGAUUUCAAAUGCACAUAUCAAAGAACACUUGCAUCUCAAGGUUGCGAGGAAUGCAACGGUUGUGGAGCCUUUUGUACACGUAUAUCAAAAUCGUCAUUUUUGAGACAUCAGAAUAUAAACAAAAGAAUUUGUGACACCGAUUGUUGGCACAGGUGAAUGCAGUGGCAUCUUUUCAGAUUGCGAAAGUCAUAUUCACAUCCAAAUAUGUCCUUAGUGAGAUCGAGUUGCCAUGCAUUCUUUAUGCUUUUUGACGUUGCUCGAUUGUAAUGGUCAGAGCUUUGUAAAUUUCUAGUGAGAGUUGAACUGACAAUAAUCACGAGGUCCAUCUUUUCCACACCA